UCAUCAUCAAUCAUAUACAAUCGAAUCUCACCAAACUUCAAAUCAAUCAAAUCAUCUUCGUGUUUCGGUCCUCAUGAUCCGCUCAAGAUACAGUUGUUGAUCGUUGAUUACGUCAUCUGCUAGUGUUUUGAUCUUCUAGUCCGCUGUUUAGUUCAUCUAAUGGUGGUUUAUCGUCUUCUGUUGCUGAUUAUUGUUGCGUUUUUGUGCUUUGUUGCUUGUAUUGGCGCCAGUGAUGGUGAUGCUGAUCCGAUUUACAUAGAUUGUGUCGAGCAAUGCGAGAAGACGGGAUGCGUUGGGGCCAAAUGCUUCCAACACUGCAAUAUGACAUCUGACGGGAAAUCUGUAGGUGACCCGUGGUACCUACAAGAGCCACUUUACAUAAAAUGGAAAAAAUGGGAUUGUCUUAGUGGCUGCAGAUACCAAUGCAUGCUUGCUAGAGAGGAAGAAAGAGAGAAAGCUGGAGGCGCACCUGUUAAAUAUCACGGAAAAUGGCCCCUGAAACGCGCCUUUGGGAUUGAGGAACCUGUGGCUGUAGCACUCGCUGCUCUUAAUCUUGCUGUUCAAUUUCAUGGAUGGGUAUCUUUUUACAUUCUCGUGAACUACAAGUUGCCGUUAAGGCCAACUAGACAGACAUACUAUGAAUACACUGGGCUGUGUCAUGUCUAUGGGACUUUAUCAAUGAAUUUCUUAUUUUGGAGUGCUGUUUAUCACAGCAGGUACGUGGCAACCCUCGCCCCCUCUUCCCCACCCAAAAAAGUGAACAGUGUAUAUACAUUUUCUUUGGCCACUGCUUGA